CCCACUUUCACUUCAGACGUGGCAAUUGCCGACGUCAUUCUAACGCGGCCAUUUUCGACAGGGUUAAUCGAGUUUGGCUCUCGUUCUGGAGUUGAUUGGAUGUAAUUUCGCAUUUACCCAGACGUACUGCCUAAGAAAACUAUAGUGUCAGGCAAGAUUACGGAAGGAUGAUGGAAGAGAGUGGAAUAGAGACCACACCACCCAGCACUCCUCCACCUCCCCUUAGUGCUGCUGUCGCCAUCAGUCCACCUCCUCUCACAAUAGGUCUUUCUAGUCCACUGAACCUUCCUAGCACCACAGGUAUCUCCAGCUUUGCUCCUGAGAGUUUCUCCACACCAGGACCCCCUACAGCAGUGACGUCCACCCUGCCACCCAUUCAGUCCUCCCCUCCUCCCCCGUUCCUGCUCAGCCCCAUGAAGCCGCUGUCCACAGCCUCUCCGGUGCCUGCUCCUUCUCUGGGUGUUGGUGUGAAUUUCAGCAGUCCAUAUACCUCCCCUAGUGCUCCACCUCCUCCAGGCCCGGUGCUGUCUGCGCCGCCAAUGGGGCCGCCCACCACCGGUUUCAGUGGCCAUGUAACAUAUGACAUCACCCGCGGACAUGCCGGCCGUACGCCACAGACUCCACUGAUGCCCAGCUUCUCCAGUGCGCCACCCGUGCCAGGUGUGGUUACAAACCCUAUGAUGCAACAGCCAGUGAUGUCUGGUGGUUUAGAGGUUGUCUCUCCGAUCACUUUCCCAGAGGAUCAUGAUGAUCCCAGAGUUGCACAAGACAGCACGUCUGGAGGUGGUUUAUGGGGCUUCAUCAAGGGUGUGGCUGGUAACCCCAUGGUGAAGACAGUCCUGGACAGAACCAAGCACUCUGUAGAGUCUAUGAUCACCACGUUAGACCCUGGAAUGGCUCCAUACAUAAAAUCAGGAGGUGAUCUGGACAUUGUGGUGACGUCUGAUAAGGAGGUGAAGGUAGGGGCAGUGCGUGAUGCCUUCCAGGAAGUGUUUGGCAUGGCCAUGGUGACUGGAGAGGCAAGCCAAUCCAAUAUUGCUCCUCAGCCAGUGGGUUACGCUGCCGGAGUCAAGGGGGCUCAGGAGCGUAUCGACAGUCUACGCCGUACCGCCGUAAUCCACGAGAAACAGCCCGUGGUGUCUGUGGAGAACUUCAUAGCGGAGCUCUUUCCAGACAAGUGGUUUGACAUUGGCUGUCUGAUUCUGGAUGACCCUGGCAACGGUAUCCACAUCGAAACUUUCACACAGACUACUCCUGUAGCUCUGGAACACGUACAACAGGCUCAUUCUCUCACCCCUCCAGAUUACAGUCUGCGUUGGUCCGGCCUGCUCGUGACCGUAGGCGAGGUGCUAGAGAGGAACAUACCCAAUGUUAGCCGCACAGACUGGCACCAGGCCUUCACCGGCAUGUCCCGCAGGCAGAUGAUCUACAGCGCUGCCAAAGCUCUGGCUGGCACGUACAAACUGCAGCUGCCCCCCAGAAUGGUAUAAGAUGAUCUAAACACCCACUCUGCUCUCAGAACAACAUGGACACUGCCUGUCAGCAAAUGGCACUUUUUUGAGUGUCUCAAGUAAAAAAAAAAAAAUAGUGUCAUUGCUGCAUCCAGUGUCUCGAUUUAAAAAUUAAUCAAAGUUGCUCAAGAUCUCUGAGCAGGGUUGGGUCCAUCUUUUAUGCACAUGUAUAAAAGCAAGUUACCAACAUUACAAUGGUGGAAUAAGGCUUCUAAAUGUGCUAGAUUUUAUUAGCCCCUGACAUGUAUCGUAUGCAGUUGGAGGUUUUCCCUGAGUUUACUGAUAUUUUGGAGAAGAAGCAUGGUGAGACCAAGCUCAGAUCAACACUGGGGAGUAUGGCCUUAAAUAACAUCCUGAUGUGAAAUUAGAUUGCAAAUACCAGAUACUGGUACCGGUUUCUCUAUACCUGAGAAAGUAUGCCGUGUGUCAUGACAGAAAUAACAACAGUAUUGUUAAUUAUUGCUUUUGAAAUAUUCAGGAACCGUAAAAACUGCCAAUGGAACAAGGACUGCGGGAUUUGAUCCUGAACCGGUUUCUACAGUAGACUGUAGCUUUUGUUAAUACAAAUAAUCCAUCUGUUCUAUUUGUUAGUAGAUUAUUCAACUACUAAUCGUUUCAUGUAUCAUUUUAUUUUCAAGUAACAAUGGCCUGAAAAGCAUAAAAUAUCAUUUGAAAACGAAAACACAGGGCUUGGACUACGUUAAGCUCUGAAUCUGUUUUCUAAUAGUUUUCAUACUUUUAUUCCCAUGCUAAUUCAGUCCUACGUACAUGCACUCAUUUGCAUUUUGUCAGUAGUUAUUUUAUCAGCUUUCACCAUGAGUAGAGUACUGGCUACUCUUAUGAAAUAUCAGUGAUCUUUAAAAUGUGUAGAAGUUUGUACUGAGUCUUUUGUCAUACAGUCCAUCCAUUUUGAAUUAAUUGAUUGAACUCAGGAUUGUAUUAUAUUAAAGUAAAUAUUUGUUUUCUGUUACCAAAGGCCAUGUAAACUGUUUCAGUGCAAGUGCUUUUUAAAGAAAAAUGCAUUUCACUUUUCUUAAACACUCUGAACCUUUGCCUGGUUUGCUGCUUAGAGAUUUGUUUAUGAAAUUUUUGUAAAAGCCUAAAUAGUUCGAUUUUAUUCUUUAGUCUGAAGGGUGGAUAAUCUAAAGUUUGUGCAAAUCAUGUGCUCUAAAUGCUUACCUUUUAAAGUAGAUCUUGUAUUUGCCUCUACAAAUACGAACUAAAACAAGACUUUAAUGAAAAUGGAUGAUCAUUUUGCUCUGUCAUGAUGCCAUAUUUGGUAUAGUUGACAAUAAUGACAUUCGUGUUUUAUAGAACAAAAACAAAAAAAAAACCCUGGGGGUUAUUUUUGGCAUGUUGGUGUUUCAUUUCUAGCCCCUAUUUGCUGAAGUAACAGAACCAAAAUAGUUUUUAAAGCAUCUUAUCCAUGGAACUUGUAAAAUUUUGUGAAGGUUGUCAGUGUUCAUUUUUCAGAUUUCAGUUUCCAUUGAAGAUAGCCUAAAGCCACUAAGAGUGAUGCAGAAUCCUGGGGAAAUCUAAACGACUCUGUGUAUGACCUCUGAGAACUUUGUCAUGUAAAAGAUCCUUUUUUGUGUGUUAAGAUGUAGUUGUGUACUGUUCACUAUUGAGGCCAAAAUCACUGUAAGGCGUUGAGUAUACGUUGUGUGAUGUGAGAAAAUGAAGAGAUCUGAGCAUGAAGAGGAAGAACAGAUACUGCCUUUAACAUAAUGUCUUUUUUUCUUUUCUUCUAAAACACCUUUGGAUGAAUAUCUUUUGGACCUCCAGUAAUUGUACUUCCUAAAGGUGCCUUUUGUCUGCAAAAGAGUAAAGAUGUUUUCAGUAAA